AAUCAAUGGACCAAACAACAUUAUAGUUUAUAAAGGUUUCCUAUGACUGCUGUCAGUCAUUUGUAUCCUUGAAUGCAACUUCGACAGCUUCCUUGAUUCCCUAAAGAACAGAAUCAUCUUGGACUGUAGCUUCAUUACAUUUUCUAACCCACAUAAGACAUGGAUUGGAAAAGUCUUGAAUUCUUCCUCAGUGGGGUAAAUAAAUACUCCACAGGUUUUGGACGCAUCUGGCUGACUCUGGUGUUCGUGUUCCGUGUCAUGGUGUUUGUGGUGGCUAUUGAACGUGUGUGGGCCGAUGACCAAAGAGAAUUUGACUGUGACACUAAAAGACCUGGCUGCCCCAAUGCCUGCUACAACUACUUCUUCCCUAUUGUACACACCCGGCUCUGGGCCUUACAGCUCAUCUUUGUCACCUGCCCUACCUUCUUGGUUGUAAUGCAUGUGUGGUACCGUGAAGAUCGUGAGCGCAAAUACCGCCUCAAGCAUGGUCCUGAUGCCAAGCUCUAUGACAACCCUGGGCAGAAACAUGGAGGUCUGUGGUGGACGUAUCUCAUUAGCCUGCUUAUCAAGACGGGUGUAGAGGUAGGAUUCCUCUACCUGCUGCAUCUGCUCUACACCAACUUUAACAUGCCUCGCAGCGUGGUGUGUGAUGUCGAACCCUGCAGACAGGUCACGUGCUACAUCGCACGGCCCACGGAGAAAAGUGUCUUCACGUACUUCAUGGUGGGGGCCUCGGCCAUCUGCAUAAUUCUGAACGUGUCAGAGAUCUUCUACUUGAUCGCCAUGCGUAUUUUUUAUCUCACCCGCAAAGGAAGCCACGUCAUCAAACGCAGGAGGUGUGGCGAGCCAGAAUGUGAUGAGUGUAACAUGCCAAUGAACACAAUAGACUACAAGGUAGCUAGUCCUGAGAAGAUAGAAAAGCAAUCUUAAAGUGCCAGACUCAAGCAAAAGAUAUCAUUUUAA